AGCCAUGCGGAUGGAGGCGGGUCCUGUGCGGGGACGAUGGCGGCCUCCGCUGCAGCUUGCCGGGCGUGGAGCCGGGCCGGGGUCGCAGGGGCGGUCCCCCUCGCCGCUGGGCAUGUCAGGCAGAUCCACUGGACACCCGUCCCACUAACGUGGCUGCGACUGAAAGCCCCCUCGGUCCCUCGACUGCGUUCCCAAGGCGCCUGUCACACUCUGUUAUCGAGGCCAGCAAUCCGGUGUCAGAGCACAGCUGUUGUGGCAGGUGCUCAGAUUGUCCCGCCUGCUGCCUCCGCACCUGUCGAGAACGUUCUGUCUGUCGGAGAUCUGGGCCAAGCUGUUCAGGAGCUGAGCUUUCAAGAAUUGGGCCUGGGCUGCUAUACACCAGUGGGCCUAAUCCAGAAUUUGUUGGAGUUCCUCCAUGUGGACAUGGGGUUACCCUGGUGGGGAGCCAUCGUAGCAGGGACGGUGGCAGCGCGGUGCCUGGUGUUCCCGCUCAUCGUGAAGGGCCAACGGGAGGCUGUGAAGCUCAACAACCACCUGCCACAAAUUAACGAACUGACGGCCCGCAUGAACGAGGCCAAGCGCUCCGGAAACAAGUUCGAUUUCGCAAAGGCGUACUCUGAUCUGGCUGUGUACCAAAAAGCCCAUGACAUUAACCCACUGCGUGGCUUCCUGGUGCCCCUCGUCCAGGCGCCCAUUUUCAUUUCGUUCUUCAUCGCCCUGCGCAAGAUGGCCGAGCUGCCCGUCCCCAGCCUACAGACGGGGGGAUUGUGGUGGUUCACGGAUCUUUCAGCCGCUGACCCUUUGUACAUCCUGCCCUUGACAGUGACGGUCACCAUGUGGGCCAUCUUGGAGCUGGGGGCAGAGUCUGGGGUCUCGAACCCAAACCUGAGGGUCAUGAAAACGGUUUUCCGGGUGAUGCCAGUCGUUAUCCUGCCUCUCACAAUAUCCUUCCCGACGGCGAUCUUCACCUACUGGAUGACCUCCAACCUGUUCUCACUGGUUCAGGUGGCUGUUUUGCGCAUACCCGCUGUCCGGGAUCGCCUCCGCAUCCCGGAGCGGGUGCAACACGACCCCUCGGUCCUGCCCGCACAGGAAGGCUUUUUGAAGAGUCUCAAGAAAGGAUGGAAGAACGCGCAGACGGUUCAGCAGAUAGAAGAGAGAGAACGGCGCAUGAAGAACCACUUGGAUUUGGCGGCUAAGGGGGCACUACGCCAGACCUUUGCCCAUAACCCUUUGGAAGUGCAGGAGCCUCCCAAAACAAAACCCCCACCCCCAAAGAGACCCUGGGAGGAUACGUUAGGCUGAGCGAUCACGCCAAUGCUUCAGAGCCCCAUGCAAAGCAAAGACUCGGUACAGGGACAGCAGAAUUGAAUCUGUCUCCACCCACCCACCCAGUUUGUGAUCUUUGACAAUAAAGGACAUGAAAUUUCCUUUUCCCUCUUUUGUGUGGGACCAACAGGCACAGGGGCCGGUGUGGAGAUAAAUGUGUAACCACCUAUCCUCCCAAUCCUUCUAAAUGCAGUGUAAUAUUAUGUACAAAAUGUCAAUUAAAGACUGGAGUGAUGUGGGUA